CACACCUUUAUAAACACACCUUGUAGCCUGAGUUGCAAUGCACAACAAACUCAUACUAUUUGCUACUCAACAAAAUCAAUAUCUAACAUAUAUCUUUCUACUACUAAGCAUCAAUGGCUUCGAACCCGAUGAACAAGAAACGACACGUGAUUAAGCUCAAAACCGAGCAAGAAGUGGCCGUGAAUCUGGCUUCGUACAUUGCUGACCUCUCGGACAAAAUCGUAAGACAAAAAGGCUAUAUAACUGUAGUUCUCUCGGGCGGCACACUUAUACACACAAUGAGGGAGCUGGUGAAGACUUACAAGGAAAGUGUGAAUUGGUCCAAAUGGCUGGUGUUUUGGGUGGAUGAGAGGGUUUAUCCACUUGAUAGCUCUUGGAGCAACUACAAAUUGGCCAUGGAUGGAUUUCUUUCUAAGGUCCCAAUCCCAGCCGAGAACAUCUACCCGAUCAACUACACGCCCGACCCAGAUGCCGUGGCCAUCGACUACGAGUCUCGCCUGAAGAAGCUCGUCAAGGAACGAACCCUUCCCCAAUCCUCGGGCGGCUUCCCGAUCUUCGACCUAAUGCUUCUCGGAAUCGGGCCCGACGGGCACCUUGCCUCGCUUUUCCCGGGCCACCCGCAAAGGUUCGAAAAGAAAUGUUGGGUCACAUUCAUAACCGACUCUCCCAAGCCUCCGCCACCUAGGAUCACGUUCACUUUCCCGGUUAUCAAUGCCGCUACUUACAUUGCAAUGGUGGUGACCGGCGGGGAACUUGCGGACGCCGUUAGGAAGACGCUGGGCCCAUUUGUGGGCCCAAUGCCUCCGAUCCCGUGCAAGGAGCUUCAGGUUGAGGCCUCGGCCGACAUGACGUGGUUUCUUGAUGGGCCCGCGGCCUCGAAGCUACCGACUACCGAGUGAUUAAUAAAGAAGAUAUAUAUGAUUGAGAAUAUAAUGAUAAUAAUUAAUAAUGAUGAAUAAUGAAUGAAUAAGAAGCUCGAUCGGGUGCGAUGUAUGAAUCGUGACAUGGGAUUGUAACUUUGUGUGUGUACUUAAAAUGAAUAUAUGAACUAUUUCUGUGUAGUUCAAAUUAAAACCACAUAUAAUUGAUCUCUAUAUGAUCUUUUUUCCCAUGCCUGAAUAAAGUGAAAAGUUGCACCUAAUCCGAAUUAUUCAGAUAGAAAAAUGUGAUAAUAUUGCUGUUAGAAUUGUAUAAGCAGCUGUGUAUAUAUAUCGAAGUAUAGUAAAAAUGUGAUAUAGUAUUAAUUAAAAUUCAAAA